GGGCUUCAGCUUGUUGUGCUGUACGUGGAUUUCAAGCUGGACGAGAGCUACACGCCCAGCAAGAUCUCCAUCCGGGCCGGCGACGGCUUCCACAAUCUCAAGGAAAUUAAAACGGUGGACCUUUUGAAGCCAGUAGGAUGGGUUCAUAUAUCAUUAUCUGGCACUGAUCCCCGAGAAACAUUCAUUCAUACAUUUAUGCUCCAAAUUGCGGUGCUGGCCAAUCACCUGAAUGGUAUUGUUGGUACCCUGAUUCAUUGUUGACAAGAGUCAAGAGUU